AUGGCUUGGAAAUCAACCUUUUUUCUGUCCUCUCUCCUGGCUGGCUCUUAUGCCACACCACUUGCAUUUCCGAAACACGCUCGCUCCGAAAAGAUAACCUGGGGCGCUUGUCAAGAGGAAACAGUCACUGCGCCAGCUCAAUGCGGCAACUUGACUGUGCCGUUGGACUACACCCAGCCCGAGUCCGACAAAACCCUCCAGCUGCAACUACUGAAAGUUCCUGCUACCCGUGAACCGAAGAAGGGAAGCAUUUUGUUCAACUUCGGUGGGCCGGGCCUGGAGGCAAGACUUACCCUGUUCGCCCAGGGUGAAAUUCUUCAAGCUUUGACCGGUGGUCACUAUGACCUGAUUGCUCAUGACCCGAGAGGAACGGCAAACACCCUGACCGCAUACUGCUCUACAAACGAAACAGAGCGGCUUGCGGUUAGUAUGGAAUCUCGCUUUAGCGACAUGGCAAAGGCCUCCGACGAGAUGGCGCUAGGAAGACUGUGGGCCGGCAGUGAACUAUUUGCCAAUUUUUGCGCCGAAGGAGAGCUGAAAGAAAAUGGGCAAUACAUGAGCACGGCAUUCACAGCGAGGGAUUUGAUGCAGAUCGUGGACGCAGUUACCGAUGACGGUCUGCUGAAGUAUUGGGGUUUCUCAUAUGGCACGGUGUUGGGAUCUACUGUUGCCGCGAUGUUCCCGGACCGGGUGGAUAAGCUGAUUAUUGAUGGUGUUAUGAACCCACACCAAUACUUCAAUUCAUAUGACACUGAAGUGUGGGCCGGUGUAGACAAGGUCUUCACCAGCUUUUUCCAGCAGUGCCUCCUAACACCGGAACGAUGUGCCCUUGCCAGCCGAAAUGAGACUGCCGAACAGCUUGAGAAAAGCAUCUACCAGUUGCUGGAUGACAUUAAACGAGAACCGAUUGUCCAUCAACACACCGUCAUUGACCACAGCAUCAUCAAAACUUUCAUUCGCUUCUCUCUAUACGGCCCUGGAUCCUAUCCUACUCUGGCCACUGCGUUUAACUACUUAUUGGACGGGAAUAUGACGAAGUUUAUGGAGAUACUCGAAGCCCAAUUGGGCGGCGGACUGGUGGCCGCGGCGGCGAGCAAUGACGCGACAUUCGCCAUCCCCUGCUCUGAGAAGAGCACCGGAGUAGAUACCUUGGAGGGGAUGAUGCCUUAUCUCGAUAUCAAUCCACCAACGAGUAACCUACUGGGGGAAGCCGGAAACGCCAUCGCCAUGACGUGCACUAAUUGGCAGAUCCACGCCAAAGAACGGUACGAGGGCAACUUCGAGUCGAAGACAAAGAAUCCCAUUAUGGUCAUCGGCAACACGUACGACUCCGCCACUCCACUUGUGUCGGCCCGGAAUAUCAGUGCUAGCUUCGAGGGUAGCGUUCUCCUGGAGCAUGGCGGCUGGGGGCACGCUUCUUUGGCGCACGGAUCGUCAUGCACGUCCAGGAUCAUCCGGGAUUACUGGACCAAUGGUACCCUUCCUGCGGUUGGGACAAAAUGCGAACCGGAUUACCCUCCUUUCGAACCUGGCUCAUUGAAAGAUGUUCUGGUUAAGAUUGGCUUCCUUGAUAAAGAAUAA